CGUUCGUAUCCUCUGAAAACUGGUGUGACUUGAAAUGGAUAUAACUGUUUCGAAAUGUUUAUCAGCCAUUUUGCUAGCCAUAUUCAGACUUUCUUUUGCUCGCACGCCGAUUGUGAUUCAAAACAUAAUUUAUGGAAGGAGUAAGAAAACGAUAGAUGAUGCUACUUUCAAGAAAAAUAUGGAAAGGGGUGAGUUCUACAUGAUGAUUCUCCGCUCUUUUGGAUCAGGUGUAUUUUUGUGCACCUGCUUGGUUCAUCUUAUGCCUGAAGUUGUUGAGCUCAUGUAUGAUGGUCAUGGUGGCGGUAGAGAUACUGACAAUUAUGGUUUGAUCAGUGCUUUGGCCCAAUUAUACAUCUGUAUUGGAUUCUUUAUCAUUUAUUUCGUCGAGGAAUUCUGUCACUGGCUUAUCUCCAAAGUUCCAAAUAUUCCCGUCGGCUCCAAAAUAACUAGAUCUGGUACAGAUAAAUUUGAACAAUUCAUUGAACAUAUCCAAGGAACUCCUAAAAUUUUGGAGAAUUCAGAGCCAUUCAAUAAAGAGACAGUUAUAAAUAACGCCAGUUGCAAUGUGACGAACUUGAAGAAGCAGCCGCCAAAAACAAUGAUGAACAUGAUUAAUAGUAUAACGGGAAGUGUGAAAUCAUCAGGAAAUUUGGAAAACCAGAAAAUUGAUAUUGUAAACAAACCAACCAAACUCAAUCGCAGGCAAAUAGUGAGCUUUGUAUUCAAUGGAACUGGUGUUAUAUUGCAUGCUUUUUUCGAAGGAAUAGCGAUAGGAUUACAACAUCACGAAGCCUCUAAGGUCUGGUUUCUAACCAUUGCGAUGAUGAUUCAUUCUGCUACUUCCUUGUUUUGUGUCGGUAUGAAGUUUUUGGCGAUGAAAGCGAGUACGAAAUCGAUAAUUCAUCACUUCAUAGUUCAAGCUUUGGCCAGUCCAAUAGGAAUUCUUGUCGGAUAUUGGAUCUUAGUUGGAGGAAAAUUGGAACAAACGCUGUUAAUUGAUGGAUAUUUUGAAGCUCUCUCCACAGGGACAAUUCUUUAUAUAACUUUCUUCGAGGCUCUAUCGAAAGAAAAGCAAAUGAGAGUUCUGAGAGUUUGCAGGAGUGUUUCUAUGAUAUCUGGUUUUAUUGUGAUGUGUGUUUUGGAAUAUUUCAUCUUCUUGGAGAGGUCUGUUUUGAGCCGACAAUACGAUACCAUAUUUCCAAACGAUACUGAACAUUGAAAUUAUUUGUUAUCGUAUAUUUAUUCAUGAACAUAAGUCUUUUUAUUAGUUGAGAUUUACAUAAUAACAACUGAAAAUCGUUGCCAAUAAAACGAACUAUGUAUAUAACCUGAGUAUUAAUUAAUGGCUUUUCAACUAUUGAUCGAAUAUUGUUAUGGUCUGCUUCCCUAUUUCUCGAUAUUAGAA